AUGGAUUCAAUUACAAAGGAUGAUUUGAAGAAUUAUAAGGCAGUGAUAGGGGACUUGGAGGAUGAAUUUAGAAGAGAUUUGGCCCUACAUUUAUAUUCAGUGGUUUUGUUACAUAAAUUAGAUCCCACAUUUCCUUCAGCAGGUUGGAUUAAAUGGCCUAUGAGACCUGAAAAAGUUCCUGAUCCUAGGAGUUGUAGAAUAUAUAGUGAACCCUUGACUGUAGAAUUGGAAGAAGCACCAUCCAAUAAGGUCGUUGGUGAAAUUCGUAGAACUAUAAAGAAGGAACGGUUCAGAAGGAAGCCUGUAAAACAAGUUGAGGAAAAUAAGGGUAAAGAGACUACAAAAGAGGCUACAGAAGAGGCUACAGAAGAGGCUACAGAGACUGGAAAAGAAUCUGAUCAAGAUUCGGAUAAAGAAUCGGAUAAAGAAACUGACAAAGACUCAGAUAAAGAGACUGACAAAGAAAACGACCAGUAUAAAGCUGACACCAGUUCAGAUGAAGAUCAAACUCUGAAUGGACACAUAGAUUUCUCCGAUGAAGACCUUUUAAGUGAUAAUUUCUUUGGACUUGGUGAAGAAAACUUUCAAUCUCAAAUCAUUGAAUCUGAAGAAGAAUUCGAAUUGAAGAUCGGUGAAUUAUCUGACGAUGAAGAUUUCGAUCAAGAAACUCAAGAUUAUCAUGGUGUUGAUCUACUUGAUCCUAAAAGAAAACUAAUAAGAUUCACAAAUUUGAAUAUAAUCGAACCACCUAGUGAUCAUCGAGAGAAUCUUCAACUAGAGAUUAAAGCUCAAAUUCAAAGAGCAAUUUCAGCAAAAUUGAAUCACAAAUCUUUAUCCCUUGACUUUGAUCAUAAACUUAUUGAUGAAAUGACUAAUCAAAUUUGUUCGAAAGUUGAUCAUAUAUUCUAUCAACAUUCUAAAGUAACAAGUGGUGGGCCUUUGAUGACAUGGCAGGACAUGUUGAUCGCUGACUUGAAUAGUACUGGUAUUAUUAAGACACAAGAUCCCCAAGAAUUUUAUCAACGAUGUGAAGCUGUAUUCUUAAACCCAAAACAUAAUUACAAGUAUAACAAUAUUGAAGUUGAUUCCAGAAUUCCUUUUAAAUUCUAUGAUUUCCUUGAUAGAUCAGAUGAGACUCGUGGGAUGAAAAAGGAUCUUCUAGCAUCAGAGAUUAUUCUUCAAAAUUUGACUUUACAAAAACAACAAAUUGAUUUGAAAAAAGCCAUUUUCAACGACAUUUUGAAUUUGAAAACUGAAAAACAGAGAAUAAGUUCAACUAGGGGAUAUGUAAGGCCAGGAAAAAGACGAUCUAAGAUUAAGGGAGAAACCCAAUAUGAAUUUCCCUCAAAUAAGGAUGAAAUCCCAGAAUUCGCUCUCAAACAUAGAGGUAUAAGAUUAGAUGAAGAUGAAUAUCAUAUUAAUUUUUAA